UCGGAUUAAUAUAAAAGUUGUUGGCUCAUAACAUUUACGUUUGACAGUUUUAUUAAUGUGACUCUACAAAAAUAUCAUCAAGCGCGACUUGUCAUUUGAAUAAAUCCUCUCUCGAUCGCUUCCGCGGCACACAAUAGCAACGUGCCUAGAGUAUUUAACUGUACCAAUAAAGUAGGACACUUGGAUUUCCCAAUCACGAGCUGCACCUUUACCAUAUAAUUUUCCCGUCGCCACUAAACUAGUUGAACAAUAAAGUCGUUAAAUUUAAAAGGAAUAAGUCUGUUAUGGGCACGCGUAGAGGGGGGCUAGACUCGUCAGGAUGACGUCUCGGGCGCAGCGCAGUGGGUUUUCUGAAGGCUGCGGCGCGUGCCGCAUGCCAACACCGCGCCUGACCUCGUACGACCCUAUUAAAACAAGAUACACAGUCCAUCUCUCGUAGUCACCAGAAGACACAACCAUGAGGUUCAUCUACGCGUGUGUAUGCCUCGCCUCCGCGCUGAAGCUCGCGGCGCCGGCGCCGGCGAAUGGCUUCGUGUUCCCGGACGAUCGUAGACAGGAGAAGAAAUUGGAGCCAGUGAUCACUCCACCAGUUCUGCCUGUUUUGGAACAUUUGGAACGUGAUCCGAGUACGUUGUUGCCUCACGAGCGCAGGUCCGCUAAGCCGAGUCCUGUGAAGCCGAGGUUCGGAGGAUUUGGCGGAGGCUUCAAUGUGGCUCCUUCUGGGAAUGGAGGGAUAACCGCGAGUGUGAGCAGCAGUGCUAGUGGAGCCGGCGCGAGCCACUCCGCCUCGCAGUCGUUCUCUUUCGGAUUCAACGAAGGAUUCAGCGCAUCGCACUCCGCCAGUCAGGCAUCAUCGUUCAACGGUUUUGGAAGCGGCUUCAGCGGUAGUCAGUCUAGCAGUCAGGCGGCGUCAUUCGGAGGUUCUGGUCAGUCUGGAUCAGGUGCAUCGUCCUCAGCCGCGGCCCUCGGAGGGAACUUCGGCGGAGGCUUCGGAGGAAGUCAGAGCCAGAGUGCUUCAUCAGCUUUUGGAUUCAACUCUCUAAACGGCUUCCAGCAACCUGAUUACUUCGGCGAUGGACUAUUGGACGUCAGACACCGCGGUGUACCGCCCUUCCCGUUCCCCUCCUUCGGGGGCAGGAGUAAGGGUGUCGGUGCUGCUGCCUUCAGGAGCGGGAAGACUGGUCCUUCGAGGAAUAGAGACGACUUCCUGGCUGUCCUAGUCUCCGAUUAAGGAAUACUCAAACUUUACUUAUAUUGAAACUUUCGCGUUACAUAAUUAUCUUCUAAUAUAUAAAAUUCCCGUGUCACGAUGUUAGUUACCGUACUCCUCCGAAACGGCUUUAAUGAUUUUUACCUAAUUUUAUAUGCGUAUUCAGUAGGUCUGAGAAUCGGCUACUAUCUACUUUUCAGAGCCUUAAGUGAUAAGGGUUGGCCACCCUUAAUAUUUUGUCUUCACUAUGAUCGACUGUAAGGCGGUACGUAGUUCGCCGGGACAGCUUGUAUUAACCAUAAAAGAAUACGGGGAUUAACGCGAAUUUUACCUUGAUUAGCUCCAAGUUUCGACCAGGUUACACCGGCCGUGGUCACGAGCGGACCUCGACGAGUCUGCUCGUGUGUUACUCAAACAUUAGGUUAUAAUGCUCGGUGGACGAAGUGAUGCUCUAUUAUUUAUUUGCUCUUUAGUUGUAAGUUGUGAGCUUGUAAACGUUUUUCUGGUUGUUCAUACACGCGUUAUUGACAAUUAUUAUCAAUAUAGCGUUGCUGCUAUCUUUAAGUUUAUACCAACGAUUUUUUUAACUGGUAUUCUAAUGUGAAACUUAUCAAAAAAGUUUGCGUAUUGAUGUGUCAUAAUUUGUAUGAAAAACGGUGUAACAUUUACUUAAAACACACAAAGUGUAUGUUUAUAGUUCUUGCUUGAGAAAUUCCGUUAUUUUGAGAAACAGAUGCAAGAAGAAAUUUUUAUGUGUUUAUCAAUGAUUUUAGAUGCUUAAAAUUUAAUGAUGUUUUUAGGCCUAAAUCUGUUAUUAGGUUUUAUUUGGAUGUUGAUAGAAACAAUAUCAAAGAUCCAGAGUCCAUAUUCAUAAAGCAUAGUUAACGACUGGCACAAAUUCUGAUUAACUAGAAAGCAGUCAGAAACAGCAGGAGUUUUAAGACAAAUCAGUGCAAAGACAAAUUUGGGUUAAUUUUGCUUUUUUUGUUAUCGAGCAUUUUUCGUGCAUAGAGUUAAGUAAGCAACUUAUUUAUUAAUUAUUUUUUAAGAAUGUUUUUAUUAAAAUACCCAUGUGAAAAAUUGUUGCGUUGUUUUUGUUGACACAUUAAUUAUCCUUUUAAGUGGGAUUUCAAAAAUACAAUUGAAAAAAAAAUAAUCAGCUCUAUAUACAGAGUGAACAUUUUUGAGCAGUUGAAAGACAUCAACGCGAAUAAUGUGGCCUCCAUAUAAAACAAUGCUGAAUAUGUAUUUUUAAGAACAAGGGCUUCCUUGUACUAGACAAAGGAGCCCUUUCAACUUUUUCAAAAUUAUAAUAAAAUGCAACAACUUGUAACUAUACCAUUGACUUGGACUAUAAGAAAUAGGUUCUAGAUUUGCCAGGGAAGUUAAUCCAGGAUAAAAAGUAUUACAGUUAUAAAAUUGUGUGUUUGUGACAUGCUAGCAGCUUUAGCUUUAUUAUUGUUAUGAUUAUAUAUCUAGCGUUAAGACACAAAAUUAAUGAAAAGGCAACAAUUAAAUGUCUGUUAAAUAAAUAAUAAAUAUCAAUUCUUAAUCUUUUGAUAUAGUCUAUAUAGAAUAUAUACAUUGAUUUGCAAAGUCAAUAGUGCCUGCACUUCACAUACACUCGGGUCAGAAGAUUGCUGUUUCUUAACCAUCAGGCGUUUACCAAACUUGUCGGCGAUUGUAAAGAACAGUUUUAACUUUGAAUAAGAAUCAGUUAACAAAAUUUCAUAAACAAUUAUUCUAUAUUAUUUUCGACAAUAUUGUGGAUCGAUUCGAAUUCUGCAGCAAAUCCAUAUAAAAUUGUUAAUUUUAUGUCAAUUUUCCAAAAAUACAUGUAUUUUAAUACUUAUAUUUAAUUUCUUCAGCUGAGCGUAUAUUGAUAUGAGUCUAGACCAGUAUGAGUAUCACCAUAUUGUAAAUUAAAAAUAAAACACUCUUUUCGAGACGUUAAUCCCCAUUUCCACUCAUCUGGCCAUCUGUCUGUUGUUUUUUCACAAAAAAGAGGUUGCAAAAGCAGUUCCAACUCAUUUUAUUUGUUUGGAUUACGAACAAAGGCAGUUACAGGUUAAUGUUGUGUCAGCAAGGACCCAUUGGACCGGUUUAGCUUCUUCACGGUUAAAAAUACCUAAAGCUUUUUUGCUCUGUACUAUACUUGGGUUUUACGUCCGAUGUCGGUUCGUCCGGUUCUUGUUUACUUAUUGCAAAUCCAUAAUAAUUAAGGUAUUAAAUAGAAUUAACGCUUUUAGAUUUUUGACCACCCGAGCAAAUGGAAUCGCAUAAUCAAGUUAUUUACAGAUUGCACUCAAUACUUGCCGUGGUCUCUUUUGGGAUGGAAAAAUUAUAAAUGUCAUAGUAGAAUAGCGGCAAUCUAUUUUAUAAAAUUUAAUUGGUUUGGUUGCUCGGUGACGGCAGUCCCGGUACAGCACAGUUCAAGUGCUUUACCAGGAGAAGCACAACCUCUCAAAUUAUUUUUCAGUAUUUCGGUGUUACAGAGCGACUACGUCAACUUACGAUUACGAAAUAUACCUUUUUAUCCUUUAUUCAACGUCUCAUGCAUUAACUGCUAAAUCGAUUUAAAUAAACUUGUCAUGUAAGAAAUGACAAUGAAAUGGCACUAUCGACAUUCAUUUCACGUGCAAAAGCUAAUUGGUACAAAAAACCAGUAGUUUGUCGAACAGUAACGGAAUCAGCAAAGGGUUUUCCUAAUGUUCUAUUGAAUUGAAAUGACUACAAAUAUCUCCAUGCCGUAUUACGUAAUUUGACCACAGACAAAGAGAAACAAUAGUCAGGCAAGACCAUGAUUCAUAACUCUGUUCCUGCUGCCUUCUGGUUAUAAAUGGCUUUAAAAGAGUCUCUCCUGAAUACCAAAACGCAUUCUACGUCAUACUUGUAAAUUUUUGUCAUUUUGCGGUCAAUGUAGGACUACCGUUUAACUAGUUGAAGCUGACUGCAAAUUCGCAAUGAGGUUUAGUAUAAAAUCUUGUUGUGAAUAAAACUGGUCUUAUGUGACAUCUCACGGCAAGUAAAAGUUGCUAAUCCAUCACAUUUAUAAUCACUUUGAUCCUUGUGUCGCGGGGGGUUUCACAAACAUUACUCAGAACUGGCAUUCGUAGAUUACACCCAAGCUUGUUCUACGUGGGGAUCGAACCUGCGAUACGACACGCAUAGAGGGUUUGGCGUCAUGAUUGAGGUCAUCAACACUGGUCAACCUUGCUCGGCUAUCUGAUAAUAACUUACAAUCUAUUCAAGAUCUAUCUUAAUAGAAAUGGUUGUAACAAAUCAAUUAGCCAUUAAUUUCAUAAACAUUACAAUAUCAGUUAAUAAUUGAUUGACCUUUGAAACAGUCAGUUAAUGUCAGUACCUAAAAUUUUAAUAUAUGGAAAUGACAUUUCGCUUCGAGAAGUCGCAUGACUUUGACAUCCACUCCAUAAAUGACUCUAUAUAUUGAUAUUAACUAUUAUUGAUUUUUCACAUCCCUAAAGUAGUCUCUGUAGUAUCAUCUCCAUUAGUAAUGUCAUUAUCAGUAGGAAAAAAUAUACAAAAAUAAAAAACAAAAUUUUUAAACAUUUUUGACAUUUCGUUUUUCACACUUGAUGAUUAUACAGUUACCACCACACUUUUUUGAGCAUAGUUGUACGGUAAUAAAUGAUUCGUACACAUCUUCGCCGUCCAUCGCCGCGUAGGCGUAUAGGUCUUGCGUCGAUCUUGUUUCAGGGUGAGCCACUCUUACUUAAGUUAAGAAUUUAUGUUAAUUAAACACUUCAGUAGAGAUUCUCAUAGUACACACUAAUACAUUAAAAACGCGACAUUCAAGUUUUAUCGGCCGACCUGUUCGUGUGAGCUAAAAAUAUAAAAAUGUUGAAGAAUUUGUUGGUGGUUUUUGUUUGUGUGGUGUGUGUUGUGAAUGGCUGGGUCGUGUUUCCUCUGCCUACCCUUCCUGCGCCGGCACAGCCAGCCCGCAGCCCUGUCACCUUGAAGCCUACUCCAGUGCUCUCAUCAUACUCGGCGAUUGGUUCUACAGGCGUAAACUCCUUGCCGAAGCCUUAUAACAUUAAGCCGUCGGCUGUCAAACCUAUAUUGUCAACUCAAGAAUAUGGUGUUCCUGCCAUUGAUUUGCUCCCGCCUAAGGUCGAAUACGUCGAGUACGAACAAUGACAAGCAUCUUCUUUGUAAUAAAAACUAACUAAAAUACAAAAUGCAUGAUUAUUUCCAAAAUCUCGGGAAUUCCCCCCAAAAUGUAAAAUUAAAUCAUCAAAUAGUCAACUGUUGUUAGUUAAUUGUAUUCCUAAGUUAUCUGACAAAUUAAAUUGCACGGUUAGUGGCCAGAAGUGUAUUAUUAAUUACUCAUUACUUAGGGUUGCCACAGUUUUUAUAGUUACGAUUUAUUAAAUUCUGUUAUCUGAUACGAA